AUGUCCACGGCAAGCAUCAAGGACCAUGCGAAUACGCUGUUGAAUUUAUUGGAUAUGGAACGCAGCCCCCAGAUGGCACUUCUCAAUGCUAAAGAAGAUCCCAAAUAUACAUCCAUUCGUUCGGCGACUUCAGGUCUCGUCUUCUUCGGAACACCUCAUCGUGGCGCGAAGGCUGUGGAACUCGGGAAAAUCGCAGCCCGCGUUGCCCGCUUUGUUUCCAAAGGCCAUGCCAGCAAUGACCUUCUAGACUGUCUGGAAUACAAUUCCCUUUUCACCCGACAAAUGACCGAUCGGUUCCGACAUCAACUAGAAGAUUAUCGUGUUGUUAGCUUUAUCGAAGGGAAGAAGGUGCAAAUAGGGGGAGUGGGACCAACAUCUAUCAGCCAUCUUGUGGUUGAUGAAGAGUCUGCGGUCCUUGGAUUGUCCGGGUUACGCGAAACCCAACUCAAGCUCGACGCAGAUCACUCGCAGAUGUGCAAGGUGGGCUCUCGGGGUCCUAUGUACCAUUUGAUAAAAGGAAACAUCAAACAAUUGGUCGAUCAGGCGCUUUUGUCGGAACAAGGCUUCAUUCCAUCGAUGCCUCCAAAUGCCGCGUCAUCUCCACCGCCAGUGCCACCGCGCUUUCAUUCGAAUAGUGGCAUGCCGUACCAGGGGCAGGAUCGUCCAUCUCCCUCGGCACAAAGGGUGACAGGAGCAAUGUUCAAUGCUCUGGAUAAUGACCCCCGAUCUAUUCGUUCUGCAGAACUCAAGAACCGGGCUAAAUGGGACGAAGCCCGAACCGUCGAAUAUGAGAUUUUUCAGGAGCAUUUGCGCAGCCUUGGUCCAGAUCAUUUCAGUACACUAUCAGUGGCAUACAACCUAGCUGAAGUGGAACUGGAGUCCAGCUACUUAGAGAAAGCAAAUGAAUGGUGUCAUUGGGUGUCUGAAAAUGCCCAACGGGUCUUUGGGACAAAACAUCCUCUGACAAUGAAGACAGAAAGUUUGGUCGCAGAGGUCUUGUGUCAGCAAGGCAAGUAUCAAGAGGCUGAGUCGGUCUGCGCUAACGUCUUGGCCCGUCAGCAAAUGACUAUCGGCGAAGACCACUUGGAUACCUGUGACACUCGGCGCCGACUAGGAAUGACCUACAAUGCGCUAGGUCGCCGAGAAAAUGCCGUCAUGACUGCAGAAAAGCUGACAGACACCCUAAAGCGUCUGCUUGGGGAAACCCACAUUCGUGUAUUCGGCUCUGUGUUGGACGCUUUGGAAUAUAUCGUUAGCAACCAGUCUGGGGACGCAACUACCCUAAUUGUGAUGCGUUUUCAACCCGAUGUACAACGAGCGGCGGAGAUGUUGUUACAGGUCUACCAAGAGCUUCGGACUGCCCUGGAGGCUUCAGAGACCCUGCGCCGGGCUCUGGCCAGUGCGGAAGAAGCGUUUGGGCCCGAUCACUCGCUGACAAUGGACAUCGUGGGCAACAUUGGCGUCAUGUACGCUCUGCAAAAUGGCUAUGCUCAAGGUUUAUUCACCAACAGUCGUGCUGCAGAAGCUUUCCCCUGGUUGACACGAUAUUUGAACUGGGUUGAACAUCGCAAAGGCAAAGACAAUCCCGAAACGCAUGCCACAUUGGAGCUGCUGGCCAAUUUACACUUCAACGCUAAAGAGUACGAACCCGCCCAGAAGUACUAUGAGCGCCUUGUGGCGAAUAGGCGCACGGCCGACUCAGCAGCGAAUGACCGCAUCAAUACUCAGCUUCAGCUGUGUCGGGCGAACACUAUGUACACCCGUCGGGGCCUAGGGGCGGGGCUGGGAGGGUUUUUGUCCAACUCGCAGAGAUAUUGA